AUGGUCCACACCAACCCCGACCGCCCCGGCAGCCCGCCCCAGAACCCCGACGCCACCCAAGGCGACUCUUCCAACACCAACGCAAGCCACGAAGCAAAGCCUCCAUUCUCGAGGAGCAUCACAAUGGGAGGAACAACACCGGUUGCGCAGGAAAAGAAUGGACAGUCUCAUAUCACCGGUUCUGGGCCCAUCCCAUUCAAUUUGAGCGGUAGCCCCCAGACCACUCCGCCCCCGGUGGUCGUCCCGAAGACCCGGCGCGCUCUCCCGCUUGAUGGGGAGACCACAGUUCAGCAGCACGGUCAGGAAAACUCGCACAAGGCGCCGGAGUCCCUGGCCUCUCGUAAGGGCCUGACAGGCAAGAAUCCUGGCGGCCUCACGCUCUCCACUGCCUCAACGGUCGUUGACGACGCUCCGAGGGAGUCUGCUUCAGUCACGCAGCACCCUAUUCACGAUGUUCCCACUACUCCUGCUGGACCUUCAUCGCAGGACGCCCUGAAGACCCCGACCAAGUCUGCCGGAUCCGCCAAGCACGAGGCGUUCCAGCUGCCUAUUCGACAGGCCAAGAUCGACGCUGUCAUCGCUGAGGAGUCAGAGGAGAGCAAGGAGGAGGCUAGCGAGCAGCCGAAAGAGUCCAGCAAGCUAUCAGAGGAAGCCGACAAGCAGCCGCAGGAUGCCAACACCAGCGUCGCUGCCACUUCUCUCCCCACCGACGGCAGCGCCCCCAGCGGCCCCAGUGCCCCCAGCACCCCCACCAUCGCAUCCCUCCAGGCCGAAAUCGCCCGCCUCCAGGCUGAGAACGCCUCCCUCCAAUCCACCCUCACCGCCGCCGCCGCCGCCGAAACCGACACCCACGCGCGCUAUCACGUCCUGCACACCCGCGCCCUCCGGUCCGACCGCGAAAACCGCCAGUCCACCCUUCUCGCCGACCGCGUCCACCGCCACGGGCAGCGCGCGCACGACCGCGCGCAGCAACUGCUCACGCUCUACACCCGCGCCUACAACGACCACCGCGCCGCGCUGUCCUCGGGCAAAGACUGGAAAGCGCGGGCCGAGGCGGCUGAGAAGGAGAAGGCGGGGCUGCUGGACCGCGCGUUGGAGGCGGAGAGGGAGGUGGGGGAGUUGCGGAAGUGGCGGGCGGAGGCGCAGGUGGAGGGGGAGGGGUUGUGGGAUAAGGCGGAGGGGUUGUUGGCGAGGGUGGGGAAGGUGGAGGGGGAGUUGAGGGUUGAGAGGGAGAAGGCGGCGAAGUAUAGGAGGAGGUAUGAGGACUUGAAGAUUGAGAAGGAGGAGAGGGAGAAGAGGGAGAAGGAGGGCCAGACACAGCAGGGCCAGGGUCAGAUUGGUCAGGGCCAGGGCCAGGGCCAGACGGACCAGAUCCAGCAGGGCGAGAACCAGCAGGGCCACAACCAGCAAGUUGGUGGAAUUGUGGCGGACAUUGCGGCGAGGGUCAUCGGACGCGUCAACAACGAGUUCGAUCGCAUCCUCGAGGAUGUCUACGGCACGGACGUCGCCAAGGAGAAGAUGGCGCAGGUCGGCUGGUUGGCGCAAGACCCGGUCAUCCACGAGCCACUGGAGCUGGAGAUGGACGACGAGAAGGAUAUGGAGGAGCGCGAGAAGGAGCUUGGCGGCUUCUUCAACUACUUUCACCAGCGCGGAGAGUUUGUCAAGAACGCCGGCAUGGAUGCCACCGAGGAACAGUUCAACAAGGCCAUGAAGAUGGAGGCGAGGGCUCGCGAGGAGGUUCGUCGCCUGGGCCGCAAGAGGACGAAGUCCUUCUAG